AUGGUGGACGCUGGGGAAGGCGCUCCUCAGCCAACGUGGAAGUUCACACAGUAAGUUGCCCUUCUAUUUCUCUGCACGCACAUGACAUGCACCUGGUGCCGUGUCGCCCUAACCGUCGGUCUUCGGCGUCACCACCCUACACACCUCCUCUGCCUUGUCGAGAGCUGGACUGCCUUGCGGACGAGGCUGCGGAAGUGGCAGCAGCGGCGGAAAAGUCAACUGUCGAGCGGAGGGCUUGCAUCGAAGCAUCAGUUGGAAUCACGACUACAGCAUGCUCUCCGGAUGGAUGUCCCGCCUUUCUGAUCGUACCAACCGCACCAGAGAUGAGCAUGAGGCGCCGGAACGAGAAGAGCACGGCGAAGCAGACAACCCGCUUGUCAUCGUUGAGGCGCCUGAGGAAGACAACAGUGCCGGGGAAGAGGACAAUACCAUGACAUCUCAUAAUAAGCAUGGCGCUGAAGCAGCACCAACGCCAUCUGUGGCAGACUUAUCUCGGAGCUAUGAUCCUGUCCGUGAUGCGGUCCGGAUACAUCUUCAGACCAGCGAGACCGCGACGAGCUCGUCGACUGCUGCACGGCGGCUGCACCUCAAACGCGCACGAGAGUCUGACUCCUCUGGGUCCUCCGAAUGCAAUACUCCUAGACGGCGUGGUGCCUGGCGCUUCACUCAGUUCCGUCUACCCCGCAAGCGAUUGUUGCCCUGGGCAUGCAUAUAUAGUUCCUCAUCUCGUCCAUUUACAGAGCCAGUUACUAAUGAUACCUGCACAACAGAUGCUUCGGUGACAAAGGCGACGUCGAAGACAUCACAGAGGCCGACAUAAUAUCGACAGUCGAAUUUGAUCAAACCGGCAACUACCUUGCAACCGGAGACAAGGGCGGCCGCGUUGUCCUGUUCGAGCGCAACGAGACCAAGAAGACCUGCGAAUACAAGUUUCACACCGAAUUCCAAUCACACGAACCCGAAUUUGACUACCUAAAAUCGCUCGAGAUAGAAGAGAAGAUCAACAAGAUCAAGUGGUGCCGACGUCAGAAUGCCUCACACUACCUCCUUUCCACGAACGACAAGACCAUCAAGUUAUGGAAAGUCUUCGAGAAGUCCCUGAAGGUAGUGGCCGAGAACAACCUAUCGUCAGAACUCACGCCAGCAGGCACUGGUGGAGCGAAUGGUGGUGGUCCGGUUCGGUAUCCGAACCAUCACUUCCGCAGUGUUGCAGACCUCAAGUUCCCACGCAUGACACACCACGACACUGUUGUCGCUGCCGUACCUCGCAGAGUAUAUGCCAAUGCACAUGCAUACCACAUCAACAGCAUAUCCGUCAACAGCGAUGGGGAGACGUUCAUCAGCUCUGACGACCUGCGCAUAAAUCUCUGGAACUUGAACAUUCAAGACCAGAGCUUCAAUAUCGUCGACAUCAAGCCCGCGAACAUGGAGGAGCUCACAGAGGUCAUCACUGCCGCCGAGUUCCAUCCCCAGCAGUGCAACUGGUUCAUGUACGCCUCGAGCAAAGGCACCAUCAAACUCGCAGACAUGAGACAGAGGGCUCUAUGCGACGAACAUGCAAAACGUAGGUGGUCUCGAUCUUCUUCAAAGCUAGCACGGCUGACCGUCAUCCAGAAUUCGAGCAGGAAGAAGAUCCAUCUUCUCGCUCCUUCUUCUCCGAAAUCAUCUCUUCCAUUUCCGACGUCCGCUUCUCCUACGAUGGCCGGUACAUCCUUUCGCGAGACUAUUUGACCGUAAAGAUUUGGGAUGUCAACAUGGAGAAGCAGCCUGUCAAGACGAUCCCGAUUCACGAGCAUCUCCGACCACGCCUGUGCGACACCUACGAGAAUGAUAGUAUCUUUGACAAGUUUGAGGUGGUGUUCUCUGGCGAUGCCAAGAACGUCAUGACCGGCUCUUACAACAACAACUUCAUGAUCUACCCUUCGGAAGAGGGCAAGGACACCGAGGUCGUCUUGCAAGCGGAUAAGAGUGCUUUCAAGGCCAAAAAGGUUGGCAUCCCAACGCCAAUGAACAGUGCCACCAGCCCUGGUGCCAAGGAUGGCAAGAAGGGCAGCCGAGCCAGCAGCCCAGCUGGUGGCGCGCAGAGGAUGCGCAAGGAGACAGACGCAGACCAGAUUGACUUCAACAAGAAGAUUCUGCACAUGAGCUGGCACCCACAAGAGGAUUCUAUUGCCAUUGCGGCAACGAACAACGUAAGUGAUGCAACAAAUUUCACCUCUAUUAUAUGCCUUGCUAACGAAUCGUACAGCUCUUUGUUUUCUCGGCACUCUAA